AUGACUUUGAGGAACGUGACACUGGCAGUCCUUAGAUCAAAUUGGCAAAACAGUGAUGCCUGGCGAAUGACAGGGCGUCGCGAUAAUCCAAUAACACACAACAUUGAAUGCAUCCUAAGUGGCGAAGAUGCAUAUGACGACUGCAUUGCCAAUGGAAUACUAUUGAAAUACGAAUAUUGUCAACCGCCGCGGGUGGUGGCCAAUGCAGAAGACAUCUCGGGAGAUCUAGCCCUCCGUGGAAAGAGUCGAAAAAGCACUAGACUCGCAUUGUUUAGGAUGAAGGAAGCCCCGAUAGGCAUGGGGUCCCAGGAUGUUGCUUGGUCUAUCGUUUACUUCGUGGCUGACAUCGACCUCGAGUGUCUGACCGCACUAGAAGCAAAGAUAUUCGAGGAUUCCGAAGAAGCAGGACCUGCAGGCAACCAGCAGCGUGGUUUGGAUGCUGGCCAACAUCACAGGCGAUGGAAUGUGUAUCUCGGAAUUCCUGCAGAAUGGGUUUAG